AUGAUGUUUGGCAAGCUAUUGCACUUUCUCGCUUGGCAACUAAUGCUUACAUCGACCACAGUCAGAGGGCUGCAUCUCUAUCUGAAAUCGGGGGAAACCAAAUGCUUCUAUGAGAACUUGGCAAAGCGAAAUCUACUGAUCGGCGAUAUAGAUGGGUACAUUGAGAAGGAUGGCAUAUUCGUGGAUGAUCCUGAUUUAAAGAUUGGCAUUUCAUUGUAUGAAACUUUUGAUGAUGAUCAUAGAGUGCUGAAUCAACAAAACUCUCAUAGUGGGGAUUUCACAUUUACUGCCCUUGAGACGGGAGAGCACAAGAUUUGUAUCCAGCCCAUGUAUCCGGUGAGGAAUGCUAAAAUAAGAAUCUUUAUAGAGCUCGAUAUUGGUUCUGUCCAGGCACUUGACAGCAGAAUGAGAGAUGACACAACGAGUUUACAGAGCAGAGUGUCGCAACUGAUUCAGAGGUUGGAAACCAUCCGUACAGAACAGAAAGCAGUGAGGCAGAAAGAAGCUCACUUCAGAGAUGAAAGCGAAGCCGUUAACAGCAAGAUUCUAUUCUGGUCCGUUUUGCAGAUUGCUGGGUUAAUCCUCGUAUGUGUCUUCCAGCUGCGAUACUUGAAGAAUUUCUUCGUGAAGCAGAAGGUUGUCUGA